AUGUCUAACAGUCUUGGGAAGCGAUCAGUUCUUUUGAACGUUCUUGUCAUCCAUGGAGUGCUUCUCUGGUUCAGCCUCCACAUGGUCAGCUGUCGCGUAAUCUCGUGCCAACCGCGUGACGGAUCGACAGGUGGCAUGACCUCCGUGAUUCUUCGUGUUAGACGCUUCGUGAACGAGUCUGUGAACUUUCGUCGUGACAGUCCGCGACCACUAUCGAAGCCAUUUUAUCACACAAUACCCAAUGAUGGAAAAGUACAUCUCUUUAACAGCAACCUGAAAGUAAAGUUUCACGGAAAGGAUGUAUGCGUCUCGACGAUGAAAGAAACAGUAGUGGAUGAAAAAGGAGCUAACGAGAACAAAAAAUACUCGUGCGAACGCGUUUGUUUUGGUCUUGGGGAUCGCGUAAACCUGGUAACUAAUUCUUCCUCUGGUGGUCGCCUAUGGCAUGGGAAGAUGUGUUGUGUACGAAAACGAGAAAUAUAUCUGCAACUUGAUGUUAUGACUGCGGGUCCAAAGUGCCUUACAUGUCAAAGAAGAAUGUGCCAAAGAGAUCACAUGACGAUCAAACAAUGUCCACCCGGAGAUAAAUGCUUAGCCAUUACCUUGAAUAAACCAGAAAGUGCAGCGGAGACGAACUCAAGCGUUCUGCCGCUCAUGCUGGGUUGUUCUAGUGAUGACGGAUUGAGAGGUUACUCAUGCAACGAUCAAUGUCGCCGAGAGGUGGAACUGGUGGGGUCUGGAGUGAGACGCGUCUGCGUCCGUUGUUGUACCGGCAACGAGUGUAACAGAGUAGGAGCUUCUAAGAACGAAACUGAAACCACUGUCAUGGAAGAUGGAGUCCAGGAUAGAAAACUAUCAGAGACUGUUAACGGAGGGUCUGGUGACAAGGGUGAUAAGCUGCUAAUAACAUUUGGAUUAACCGCGGUCCAUUGCGGGUUAUCCUGGAGCAAAAUGAAAUGGUGAUAAAGCAUGCAAAACAUGUAACGGGAACUUUCAAGUCAAGUUUCGCAUAGAAUACCGGAUUUAAUUUGUUUUACUUAGCUGCGUUCUGAGAUGGGUCUCAAAAAUGUGUCUGUCUCUCAAAGAAUCAGAUAAAAAACUAGGACUAAUUGGUUGUCCACGUUUUCCCUCGCUCUGUGAUUGGUCUGGAAAACUCGAGCCCGCCUAAACAACCAAUCAGAUGCAUAUCUAGAAAAUUAAUCGUGAAUUGGUUAUCCGCGUUUUCCCACGCCUUGGCGUUUUUCAUGUACUUGCUUACCCUAAUUUAUCAUUGCCUACUUAAAACGUCAGAGAUUUUGAUCUGAUUGGUUGUAGUGAGUGCUUUGGUUUUAACUUCACGGCACUCGGUUGAAGAGUUCGCUGUAAUAUUAUACCCAAAUGUAGAAUUAUUGUAUUUAUAACUGUAAAUAUCACGAUUUAUAGAAUAUCUUUAAUUGUUGUAUGUAAUGCGAAUGAGUUACAUCUUAGUAAAUCAUAUACUUGUUUUGUGUUUAUAAUGUAAAAUACAAAAGGAUGUUUGUAAUGAAGAGAUCCUGUACAUUUCAGUUCUUUAUGCGGUAAGUGGUUUGAACCCGGGGGUCAUGUGAUAGUGUUGUCUGAUCGUUCGGGUGAGUGUAGUCCUGAGAAAGACUAUUGUCGGUGACUGAUGUUUCGAAAACCCGAGUGGAGGUCAUCAUCAGAGUCAAAUGACUUGGUUAUUGUCAAGUGACUCUGAUAAUGACGCUCAGGUUGUCGAAACGUCAGUCACCACCAACGACAACAUUCCUUCUCAUUACUACAC